AUGAGUUUAUCCAGAGAAAAAGUGAUUGUGGUUGCAGUUUGUGGUGCAACAUGCAGCGGGAAAUCGACGAUAGCCAGUGAACUGCACAAGAUUCUGCCUGACAGCAAAAUAUUUUGCCAAGACGAUUAUUUUUUGCCAGUGAAAGAUCCUAGGCAUUUACUGAUUCCAGAACUGAACCACAUCAAUUUUGAUAUACUGGGCUCAUUGGAUAUGGAACAAAUGACCAAAGAUAUCGAGGAACAUGUGAAAAAAGAGUCUAAAAAAAUACUAAGAAAUAUUAUUAAAAAUCAGCGUCAUGUUGUCAUAGUUGAAGGAUUUUGUAUACUAAACCACAAACCCUUGGCAGAUUUAUGUGAUUUAAAAUUCUACAUUACCUUAAACUAUGAAGAAUGUUUGAGGAGACGUUUGAAGAGGGUGUACGAGCCUCCGGAUUGUCCUGGAUAUUUUGAAACAUGUGCGUGGCCAGAGCAUUUGAAGCAUUUACAAGAAGUUAAGGAAAAUGUCAAGGAAGUUCAGUAUUUUGAUGGGAAUACCAGCCCUAGUAAAUUGUCCAAGAGGAUAAUGGAAGAUAUUGUGAAAUUUUUGUAA